AUGCUGUUCGGCUACUCGGUCACGCAAAAUGCCGGCGAAGCGGCGGAAGAGCUGCCGAACAACGAGGCGGAAUUCUUCAACGCCAAGACUUUCCUGCAAACGGCCAGCGGCAACACCGGCGACAACCUCUACGACCACCUGACCGAGGUGCUCAACCGGAUCCUGGCGGAGCGGCCCGAGAAUGUGAUCGACUUCUUCGAGGAGUACAGCCGCAAGGUGAAGGAGCGCCGCUACCGCCCGCUGACCGACCGUUUGGAGGACUGCUACAUCACGCCCGCCGCCUUCGAGCUCGCCUCCCACAUGCUGAGGGCGCUGCGCCCGCUGCCAGCCCCCGCCCCCUCCACCUUGGACCCGGAGGACCUGGAGCUGGCCGACAUGUCCAGGAACAACCUGCUGGAGAUGCUCUUCUAUCUGGAACAGAACUACCUGGUGCUGGAGGCGGAGCUGAAGGAGGAGGAGUAUGUGCGGCGGAACGAGGAGUUUGCGGAGCAAACCGCCCAGCUGCCCAGCGCCCCGAUGAGCCAGCUGGACGAGGCGCUGGCCCACCUGUCCCUGGCGGGAGAAGGGGCAACUUCCAAAGUCCCCAGGGCCCUGCCGGCGGAGCCCCAGAUCCACUUCCUGCCUCCGGCGGAGGCCCCCAUGGAGCCCUCGGGCGUGGGCCUCAACAAGAAGGCCUACUUCGUGUGCCCCGGGAUAGGGGAGCCCUGGACCGAGCUGCCGGACGUCUCCCCACAACAGAUCCGAGUGGCGCGCCAGAUCCACAAGGCCUUCAGCGGACGGUUGGACACGCCCAUCCAGACCCACCCAGAGUUCCCCGGCCAGGAGAGGCACCUGCUCAGGGCGCAGAUUGCCAGGAUCUCCUCGGCCACCCUGGUGGCCCCUCUGGGGUUCUACACCUUCGGCGCAGAGGAGCUGGGGGAGGGCGCCGAAGAGGAGGNCAACAGGCCCCCCGCCCUGAAGGAUCUCCUGGACUCGUCCAUGUCGUUCUGGGUGCACACGGCGCCCUACAUUCUGCCGCAGGGCAGGACCAGCUGGUGGGCGGAGCCCCAACCGUGGAACCCCGGGCCCGACCUGGAGGGCGCGGGCGAUGAGGAGGACGAGGGCGAGCAACUGGGCGAGGAGGAGCAGGAGGAGGAGCCGAAAGCCACGCGGGUGGAGCCGGAAAGCGGGCCGCCCCUUCUCACGCCCCUCUCGGAGGACGCCUCCCUGGAGACCACCAAUCCGUGGACGGUGCGCCCCACCGCCAGCGUUCUGGACAUGUUCUCCUUGGCGGUGGUGCGCUCCAACCUGUGGCCUGGCGGCCACGCCCUUGCCACGCCCACCAGCGGCUUCUACAACGUCUACAUAGGCGACGGGCUGAAGUACAUGCAGACCAACUUCACGCCGCUGCCUCUGCCUGCUGUGCAGCAGGAGUAUCCGGUGGGGCCGGAGGUUCUGGAGGUGUUGGACCCGUCCGGGCAGGAGGAGGAGCAGUGGCGCAUCGACCACUUGCCCAAGCCGAAACUGCAGCUGGGAGAGGGAGGCGAGGAGGCCGAGCCCGAGCAGGAGGAGGAGGAGGAGGAUGAGGAAGAGGACGACGAGGACUAG